AUGGCACACACUGAUUUGGCUGCAUCGCGGUCGAACACACCCGAUCAGGAACGGGACCGUGCUACUGACAACGGACACAUGCCUAAACCACUUACGGCUGGAAUUUAUCCCACUAACUCCUCUAGAAAUGCUCAAGCGACAACCAUGGCACUAGAGCAGUACCGAUUGCAGCUCUACAAUUAUGCCUUGAAUAUUGAACGAUUCCGUUGUCCGCAAUAUGGGACAGCUGGAGGGGCUAGUACGCCUUGGAUGCAUAUGAAUCCGUACGCAGCCCAGAGCACCGGUACAGGUGUCAAUCGAAUGACUGCGCUUUCGACCAUCUCCCUGUUUCCCCAGUCGCAGCGCAUAUUUCAACCAGAGGAGCCUAAGCCACAACACAGCUAUAUUGGGCUCAUAGCAAUGGCAAUUCUCAGCUCAACGGAGAUGAAGUUGGUCCUCUCAGACAUUUACCAAUACAUUUUGGAUAACUAUUCGUAUUUUAGAAGCCGUGGGCCUGGUUGGAGAAAUUCUAUCAGGCAUAAUCUAUCACUGAAUGAUUGCUUUAUUAAAUCGGGACGCAGCGCAAAUGGCAAAGGACAUUACUGGGCAAUACAUCCGGCCAACAUGGAUGAUUUUCGCAAGGGUGAUUUUCGGCGCCGUAAGGCCCAGCGCAAGGUGCGAAAGCAUAUGGGUCUGUCAGUAGAUGACAGCACUGAUUCUCCCAGUCCCCCACCGUUAGAUCUUACAACACCUCCACCGCCGAGCUCUCAAGCUACAAUACAAUUGGCCGCCCUUAGUUAUCCGUAUCACCAAAACUAUAUCGGGCAGUUCUUCAAUCGAAAUUCAGACACAGCUUCGCCACAUUAUUCCGUAUCACAUCCGGUACAAACGUUACAGCGGCAGCCCAAUUGCCUAGAACCAUCAAUUCAACAAGCACAUCAACAUAUUGCGUAUAUUAACUCUACGACAACGACAACAAUAGCAAACAUGUAUUCGCAAACACGAAAGCGUCAGUUCGACGUAGCCUCGUUACUGGCCCCUGAUGUUCAAAUCGUUGAUAUCGUAUCUGAAGAUCAGGAAUCUUCGCCAGCGGCUAAUGCAGCUACUGCUACUCGGACAACAACUCAACAUACGGUCAUUACAAAGCAAACCAUACACCGUGAGGUGGUUGUGGGAUUGGAGCAACCAGUUGCUGAUACUGAUAUUGACGCAGAUAUCGACGUUGAAGUUAAUGUUGAUGUGGUGGAUGAUAGCAAUGAUCCUGAUCCCGAUCUCGACCCGGAUGCGGAUGAGCCCGGAAAAACAACAGAGGUAAUGAAACAAGUGUUCUCUGUCGAUGACAAUAAUUCGUACCUAAGCGAUGGCAGGCGUUCAUCUUUCGAUGCCGACCCUGAUCCUGAAGAUCUUGAGCCGCAUAACUACUCCAUUUCCAGUUCGGCAGCAAGAUCUUUGGGCAGCAGUAGUAGCCAACAUGAGGAAUCUAACUCAUUGGAGGAAUGUCCCACUGCUACAUCCGCCAUCACAAGUACACCCAAUGCAAGGUUAAAUUCAACAUCACAUCUGACAGUAGCAAUUCCUAAGGCAUACAUAGAACUCAACCAUGUUGAUCCACACAUACUGAGUAGAUAUUAUGGGACAUAUAUGGCGGCCGCAGCUCGACGUGCUAGUCUGGAGGCGUCCAGGGAAAAAUCGAACACUACCCCUCCACCGGCCAUCGAAAUAAUCUCACAUAAGUAAAAAAAAACAUCCUACAAUCUACAAUUUACAUACGUAUGAGUAUCUGUACAUACAUAAAUGGAAAAAAAAAACUGUAA